GUACAAUUUGCAGUGUAUAUUACAAGCUGGACCGACCACGGACCGCCCUAAAGCAACGCCAGCUCCAACUGGUGGUGCGUGUUACACUACACUACAGACUUGCUUGAUAGAGACCCGGUUUUGGCCUCAAUUCUUCAGUCAGUCGCCUCGCGGGUUCACCUGCGCAUCGCGACAACCGUUCGUUCCCGUUGGAAAUAGGAAGAAGAAGAAUAGACGGCCGACAAGUUUUCCAUUUCAUCAUCAUCGUCGAAACUUGCGUGUGUGUGUGCGCGCUCCAAUUUGGUCGGGACAUCGACGGUCCUGUUUUAAUGAGCAGUGGGGCCGUUUGGGGAAGCGGAACAGAGUGAAAUGUCCCUUCGGAAGCGAAGACGAUUUAAUCACUAAAUUCCAUCCAGUUCCUACUUGUAACUUGCAACGCGUAUAUUGGUGCCUGUGCCUGGGUGUUCGGAUCCGAGUGUGUGGGUUACAACAGCGAUUGUUCCAAGUUGAAAGAAAAUCGCCCACACUUGUUGCUAUAUCCAUCUUGUGCUAGUGACUUGAUCAAAUCAAAUAGUUCGACUCCAGUGCACUUUCAUUGUCUCAAAAGAAUCUUCCGCUUACAUUCGCAACAACAAACAACAACACAGUAAAAGAAGAAGAAGAAGAAAGAGACCCACCGCCAUUAAAGUUAAAGAAACGACGAAUAGGACCAAACACAGGGGAAAAAAUGAGGCCGCGUUCAUCGCCCCACUUCCUACUCCUGCUGCUGCUGGCGGUGAUUCAUCCGUCCCUUACAACUCAUCAGAAUACCAGCAGAGAAAAAAAUGAGGAAAACGUGGAAUUGCUGCUGGCACGGGAUGAACGCUCCGCAGUCGUUCAUUUCCCUGAUGACAACAAACAACUUCCGGUGCAGUCUGGCGGAGCGGCGCCAUCAGCGUGGAGAUUCCAGUCGGAUGACAACCAAUUGUCUAAUACGCGCCAGUCCAAAAGUCAAUUUGCCAUUCCAUUAGGAGCCAGUUCCGGUAUGAUGGUCCCCGUUCCGGGAACGAGAGCCAUGCCGCCUGGUGAAGGCGUCAAGAAAGGACGCAAAGCCAAACCGGAUGUACAGGACAUCAUCUCGGGCAUCGUUCACUUGCUGGGAGGAAAAGUCAACCUUCACGCGGCCAACGGCGCCGCCGAGGCUCCGCCGUUCACCUCGGGCAAUCCUUCCGGCCCCACUCUCUUGAGACCGCAAAUGUUGGCUCCGCACUCGACCCGAAUCAACAAUCGGGCACCGCCGCGCAUCGCUCAAGUGCCCUUUGAGGCUAUCCCGCUGGAGUUGGGCAACUCGGCCGGCAAACCCGGUCAAUCGUUGCCUUUCGGUGUGCCGUUAAGGCCCCCCGUCUUCCCACCCAAACUGCCGCAGACUGGACAGAAUGUGCAGGGACUUCCGUUCACCUCUGGUAUCCCGCUUCCCAUUCAACUGGUUCCGCCCGUCUCGCCCAAUCGGCCCUGGCCUCCUACGAACCCGCUCGUGUCCGAAUCCCCUCUGCCCGCUCUCGUGGCUUUGACCACCGAGAACACGCCGACCGUUCAAACGCAUCCGAGUCCAUUACCCAACAUUCCUGCAAUCAACUUGACCGAAAUUCCAGCAGCCAUCCCGCAAAUUGUCGAAACGACUUUAUCGGCUUUCUUUCCUGAAGACUCCAGUGUCCGACACCCUACGGCGGUUGCAGUUGCAACGACACAAACGACAGCAGCAACAACAACAACAACAACAACAACAACAAUAAUAACGACAACAACAACACAGUUACCGCUACCGGAAUCGACGACUAUCCUAGUUCACGAGUCAUCGUCGAUCGAUAUCUCUUCUAUAUUGCAACCGUCCAUCGAAGAUGAAAGCUCGUCGAGCAGCCUCAUCCCGUUGGAUGUCCCCUCUCCUGUUCCGGCAGUGAUGUCUUCAUCAUUGCCUGUGAUGCCUUACUCCAGUGAUAUCUCUUCUUCUUUGUCCGUCCUUCAAAGCUGGCCUACGCCGUCCACUGUGCCUCAAUUGGAGGCCGGCACUCCUCCUAAUGUCCUUCAACUGCCCGACAGUAACAGAUACACGCCCCCACUGCCGUCUGGCCGUCCGGGUCAAGUCUUCCACGACGAAUAUUUGUCUCCGGCCGACAGUUACGGCGACGUUGACGUCAUCACCAGCGACAACAUUCAACCGCACGGAACCUACGGCGAUACCUUCGAACUGGUCGUCACCGCUGCCCAGAAUUUCGGUGGAUCCUCGCCGCCCGUCAACAACGGAAGGCCUUACGUCAUUCCGGUUGACAUCGACAAUGUUCGCGGAGGCCUACAGGCACCUGCUUCGGCGGAAUCCGAUGAAUACGUUUCGAUUGACGGCCGCAAAACUUAUUUUAAUCUCUUUCCAACGGAAACAGUCGACGGGAACGAACCGAUGGUCCAAGCGACCGCCAUGCCAAAACCAGCACCGAUGAGCAACAAUAAUGGAUACGGUUACGCUUACCCGGACAGCCCUGUUGAGCCAGUUCGACCGGCAGCUCCGCCCAGGCUAAGUUAUCCGGCAGCUGCAGCACCGAGGCCCAGCUAUCCGAAACCAGCGGCACCGGUUGUUAUCAACCGGCCAACUGCUUCACUUAUUAGAAGACCGUCCACGACUCCCCUCAGCCGGAUCGACGCCUGCAUCGUGGGAGACCCUAAUGCCUGUUUAGAGCCCAACGAAUCGUGCCAAGCCGAAGAAGAUGGAUCAGCUUGCUCUUGUAAACCGGGUUUUGGCCGGAAGAAAUCCAGUGAGGUCUGCAAAGGAUUGACCGGUCUCCUGGUAUCAAUCAGACUAGAUCGAUUGGACAAUCAGAGAUUGGCCUGGUCAUCCAGUUAUUCGGAUCCUUCCAGCCCUGACUAUCAACAGUUGCAGUGGGAAGCCAACAAAGCCAUAAACUCGUUAAUGGAGAUGGCACCUUUGUCAUCCCAUUUUGUCUCUUCAUCAGUCAACAAGUUUUAUGCCAUUGGCAACAAAAUCAUCGUCAACGCGUCCGUCUUCUUGGAUUCAAGUCCGGAAACGCAGAGCGUAACUGUUCGACCGACACUGCAGAGGCAGCUGUCCAACAUCAUCCAGCAACGGAACAACAAUCUGGGCAUCAGCAGAUUAUGGGUCGAGGGACCAAAUCCCAUCCCAGUUAUCCUGGAUUUGAAUGAAUGCGGUGCUCCUGAAUUGAACGAUUGCAGCCCUAAUGCUGAAUGCAUCAACAACCAAGGCAGUUUUUCGUGUGAAUGUAAAGCCGGGUUCUCCGAUCCCUACCCCAACGACCCCUUCCAGUCUGGCCGUCAGUGCAAUUCUUGCACGCGAAGCUACUGCAACAAUCGCGGCGAAUGUCGAAUUGAAAACGGCAGAAAAACUUGCUCUUGCCAAGGAAAUUACAAAGGACAGACGUGCGAACUGGACGGAGAAGUCUUGGGCGUGGCCAUCGGUGCCUCCGUGGCCGCUGUUGUUAUCAUCGUCUUGACCUUGGUGUUGUUAUGUAUGUGGAGUCGCCGGUGGCGACAGAACCAGGAGAAAAUGGUCGAUCGAAGUGCCUACAUGGAACAACUGAAGACAAUGCCGUUCCCAGCCAUUAUGCAGGACCGCAUCCGAUGGGCUCAGUAUGCGGAGGCCAUGGCAUCCGCUCACAAUCUCUAUGCGACACCAAUGCCUCCUCCUUACUUCUAUCAAACCCCUUCGACCUUGCAAUCCAACCCAGCUCCUUCGCUGGUUCAACACCCGACGUUGUCUCCUCCGCCGAUCCCUCCCCGAAAUAAAGUUCCCGUCCGUCAAGCGGCUUCUUUGCCCGUCGGCCUGGUCACUUCGACAGCCAGUCAGAUGAUCAACAAUCUCCAAGAAUUGGCUCGCAAAAUAAGCCGCAAGAAGAAGUCUGCUCCUAGACCGCCCGAUCCGGUCAAUGUGAAUCCGCAUUUAGCCUUGAUAUCGCCAGCCUAUGCGGUUGGAACGAUGAACAGCGUCAGUCGGGCUAGUAUGGCGCCCACGUUGCCUCUUGUGGGACAGUUUUACGGGUCUCGGUCGACUUGUGGUUCUGUUAUCAGUUAUGGUAAGAGAAGUGCACCGCCUCCGCCUCCCUCGAAUCCUCCGCCAGCUUUGCAAGUGAUGGAGACGAGCGAAGAGAGCGCCACCGAAAGUGAUGCACCAAUUGCACGGCCAUUCCAAGUACCCAGACCACGUAGUCGCUCUUCUGCAUUUUCAUCCAACAACAUCUACUUCGAGGCGGAUGCGCCCUCUACCAGCAAUGAUUUCUCCAACCAAUCGCAAGUGUCGCUAAACACCUAUCAACCCCAACGUCAGGGCCAUCGCUACUAUUAUCGUUAAUAUCACAAGUUUUUAAUCGGGGGUUUUGUUUCAAAAGAGUAUGAUGGGGUCUGUAUAAAUUAACCCGUAUCAGUGUUAGCGGAAAACGCGUGUGAUUUGUUUUGAUUUAACUAUCUGCAAGAUCUGCAAUAGAUCUGAAUUGAUUUCCAUUAUUUGAUUUCUCUUGUAGAAAAAAAAAAACUUAACUUUUUAUGAUUCUGUUUCAACAAGUGCAUUUGAUCUUGAUAAUAAUUACAUAUUGUGAAAACGUG